GAUCCAGGAGCAGAGGAGGAGAAGAUUCGCGGAGAAGACUUCAACCCGCAAUAGCUGUAAAAUUAAAUAGAUCGAUUGAUCUUCGACCGUUUUACUGAUUCAUCAUCAUGGCGCACGAGAUGACCGAAGAUCAGAUCUCCGAAGUCAAAGAAGCUUUCAACGCUUUCGACAAGGACGGCGAUGGCCGCAUCACGACGAAGGAGUUGGGCAGAGUCCUUCGUCAAAUCGGUUACAGUCCCACCGACCACGAGCUUCAGGACAUGAUUAACGAUCUCGACGCCGACGCCAAUGGUACCGUCGAGUUUGGUGAAUUCCUCAACCUCAUGUCCAAGAAGAUGAAGGACUUAGAGUCGGAAGAAGAUGAAUUGAAAGAGGCCUUCAUGGUGUUCGACAAGGACCAGAACGGUUUCAUAUCUUCUCAAGAGCUGAUGUACGUGAUGAUGAACCUGGGCGAGAAACUGUCUAAAGAGGAAGCAGAGGAAAUGAUCAAGGAAGCUGGUAGCCAAAGCGACGGCCAGAUUAACUACGAGGAGUUUGUUAAAGUUUUGUUAGCCAAAUGAAAUAAAAAUCAAAUAAUUUCGGAAAGGGUUAAUUGUUGGUUUCCUUGUGCCGAAAUGAAAAGGAAACACGAUG